UUACUUACGCUGUCGACUCCGCCUUUGGGCAUCUCGCCUGAUACAUUUGAUAUCUUCGGUGGCACUGUUCGACCGACAAUAAACAAGUCUCUAGGAAAAUGGUCAUCUGUACAGCCAGACAUCAUAUCCUGAGGGCCAAUUAUUUGUGUGGCAGAUGGGCUAGGAUGUGGCAGAGACAAAUGAGUGAAAAAGUUUACACUGAGAGGGACUUCGACCAGGAGGAUCUAAAAGCCAAGCUGUUAGGCCUUCCUGGAGGCUCCGUUGAUCUCACCAAACAAGAUUCCGGCAUUGGCAUUCUCACAAUCAACAACCCCUCCUACAUGAAUGCCUUCUCUGGCACCAUGAUGGUGCAGCUGGAGGAAAAGGUUAGCCAACUGGAGAAGUGGACAGAUGGAAAAGGCCUCAUAGUCCAGGGUGCUGCGGGGACUUUCUGUUCUGGAUCAGACCUCAAUGCUGUCAAAGCAAUAUCCAAACCUGAUGAUGGUAUGAAGAUGUGUAUGUUCAUGCAGAAUACUCUCACAAGACUACUCAGGCUGCCUCUGAUCUCUGUUGCUCUUGUGGAGGGGAGAGCUUUGGGUGGAGGUGCAGAACUUACUACUGCCUGUGAUUUCAGAUUAAUGGCACCCGAAAGUGUGAUCCAAUUCGUCCACAAACACAUGGGUGUGGUACCAGGCUGGGGUGGAGCUGCUCGACUUGUCAAUCUUAUUGGAAGCCGAAAUUCAGUCAAGUUGCUCAGUGGUGCGUUGAAAGUGGAUCCUGAUUUUGGCCUCCAGGUUAAUCUGGUAGAUGGACUUCUUAAAGACCCUCAGUUAGAGGAAGGUGUUGGGACUUUCUUGAAGCAAACUGAAAAGUGGCUCAGUCACUACACAAAAGGGCCAGCACCAGUAGUCCAGGCUAUGAAAAAGGUGGUGUUGUCAGGGAGGGAGCUCCCUCUAGUGGAGGCUCUGAGAACUGAAAAGGAGGUGUUUGGGACAGUUUGGGGUGGUCCAGCUAACAUGCAGGCAUUAGCUAACAAGACUAAAUACAAAUAAGUAUGUCAUACUGACCAGGAAACAUUCAACCUGACUGUAGAAUCUGUGUAUAUCAAUCUUGAAGUAAACCUUGGUGCAGUGCAUUUAAACAACUGUGAUCAUUCUAGAGAAAGUGAUAAAAAAAAAACUUUGUAUUUUGAAUUGCAUUUCGGGUUUAGAAACUUGCAUUUCCAGUUGUCAGAUCAUGUAAUCAGAAUUGGAAUUGUUCAAACUCUAAGCUUGUAUCAUUGAUAUUGUUUGGUGAGGGAACCAUUGUUCAACGCACAGCUUCACAUUCUAUUUUCUAAUUCUCUCCUUGCCCUUUCUGUUGGACGUUCCUUUAGCUCAGUUAUUCAGAUGAAUAUUGAAUUCAAAUUUCUAAUCUUAUUUCUGGAGAAAACAUCUUUUGCACACAAACAUGAGUGGAUUGAAACAACACGUAAAUUUAAAAUCCCAUGGUUACUCAACAAUUGUAAGAAGGAAAUGAAAAGGCAACAAGACCAAGUCAGAAUGAUGAAAUGACCAUUUAUUAAUUUACAAACCAAGUAGAAAAUUGCCAAGCCAAAACUGUUAAAAAAAAUAAAAUAAAAAAAUCCGAGCGGAAAGUUUGAGGAGAUAAUCUAAACACAGAGAAGAAGAAAAAAAAAUUCAAACUACCGGUAUGUGAUUUGGAAUGGCAUAAUCAUCUUACUGCCUCACAUGUUGCACUUAUUAGAUAGAAAACCAAAGUCAAAACAAAUGGACAAUUAUCCACAUCAAAACCAAAA